GAGAAAGCAGGUCUGCAGUCUGAUUCCUGACCACGGUGCUGUAGACGCUCACUGCGACUCUGGGAAUUACAUCCGAACCGCACAUGAGGAGUUCCACUUCUCAUGGACGCCGGGUGGACGCGAACUUGUCCACGAAAAUCUGAUUUCUUUCUUUGCUUUUUCUCAUUUCUUUGCUAUGGAUGCGGAUGGUCCUCUUUUUCUUUUGGGGUUGGACUCACUGAAAUGAGACUUGGAUACAUGGCAGCCUGGAGAUAAUUCCGAGGACAAAUCCGCGAAUCCGAAAAAAGGAAUAUUUAGUAGUUUUGUUUGUCUGCGUCUUGGCGAAGAGUCCGCACACGCGCGCGCGCAGUGGAUGACGGUUCAUCGCGGGAUUGAUCAGUGACCGCUUGACUCGCUUUCUCAAUUUCUUCUCCAUCUAAAAGGCGUGAAAGCUCCUCAGAACGGACUCUCGGAACCGCUCGGGCCCCUCCGCGUGACAUGGUUCAGUCCAGCUGCGAGAACCGAGCCUCCUCCAUGCAUUGGGAUUUCUCUCAGUACCGACACGGUGUGAAUCGCCCUAUUCUGAGCGCCUGAGAACUGAGGGGAUUGAUCGUUUCACAAGAAGCUCCCUGCCAUGACCAACGAUUCGAACCGGGAUGGACUUGCCAGGAGACCGGAUUUGGGGUACAGGACCGGAGACGGAAUUGGGAUUUUUGCGCGGAUGAAAAUGGGAGCGCGGUCGCGUCACUGGAGCCGGCUGCUCUUCUUGUAUGUGGGGCUUCUGACCGCCUCAGUCAAAGCUCAGAACUGCAGCUACACAUUGCACAGUCCCAACGGGACAAUAGAGAGUCCCGGCUACCCUUAUGGAUAUCCCAACUAUGCCAAUUGCACGUGGGUCAUCAUGGCUGCAGAGCACAACAGGAUACAGCUGGUGUUUCAAGGCUUCGCCCUCGAGGAGGACUUUGACAUUUUGUCGGUGUACGACGGCCCUUCAAGCCCCGGAAACCUAAGAACAAGGUUAACAGGGUUCCAGCUGCCACCACCUAUUGUCAGCACCGGCUCCAGGCUCACGCUGUGGCUGCUGUCGGAUUAUGCCGUGAGCGGACAAGGAUUCAAAGCCGUUUAUGAAGCUUUGCCCAGCUACACUUGCGGUAAUCCUGGCCAGCUGCUGAACGGCCACCAGCAGGGCUCCACGUUCAACAUUGGCGACAAAAUCCGCUACAGCUGCAGCCAAGGCUAUGUGCUGGAGGGUCACACGACCUUGUCCUGCCUCGCCACUUCUGCAGGCACAGCUGCAUGGGAUUUCCCCCUCCCUUACUGCCGAGCGGACGACGGGUGUGGUGGAACGCUGCGAGGCCAGAGUGGGGUGAUAACUACUCCCAAUUACCCUGCUGAGUACAAUAAUAACGCCGACUGCACCUGGACAAUACUGGCUGAGCCAGGAGACACGAUUGCCCUGGUCUUCUCCGACUUUCAGCUGGAGGACGACUAUGACCUGCUGGAGGUCAGCGGUACCGAUGGCUCUUCACAGUGGUUCACUGGUCCCAACCUUCCGUCUCCAAUCAUCAGCAGCAAGAACUGGCUUCGGCUGCAUUUCAUGUCUGACGGCAACCACAAGUUGAAAGGUUUUAGCGCUCAGUAUCAAGUGAAAAAGAUGACUGAGCUGAAGUCACGAGGGGUGAAGAUGAUGCCAAGCAAAGACAACCAUCACAAGAUAUCUGUGUUGUCACAGAUGGGCGUUGCUCAAGGUCACAACAUGUGUCCGGACCCCGGAAUCCCGGAUCGGGGAAAACGAAAAGGCUCUGACUUCAGACGCGGGGCCACGGUGCAUUUCUCAUGCGACGAGGGUUAUGAGCUACAGGGCUUAAAGAGCAUCACUUGUCUUCGCGUGACAGACAGCUACGUCGGCUGGAGCGACGAGCGGCCCAUCUGCAGAGCCCCAAUGUGUGGAGGUCAACUGAAAGGACCAACUGGUGUUAUCACGUCCCCAAACUAUCCUGUGCAGUACGACAACAAUGCCAACUGCACUUGGGUCAUCACAGCUACUGACACCUCUAAGGUGAUCAAACUCACAUUUGAGGAUUUUGAUUUGGAGAGAGGCUACGACACAUUGACAGUGGGAGACGGUGACAUUGUAGGAGACCAGAAGACCAUCUUCCAUGUCCUCUCUGGAACAACCACACCGGAUCUUGUUGUCAGUACGAGUCAUCAGAUGUGGCUCAAUUUCAAAACCGAUGACACCAGUGGGUCGCUGGGCUUCAAAGUCUCAUACGAAGAAAUAGACCAAGGCAGUUGCGGUGACCCUGGGAUUCCAGCUUAUGGUAAACGUGAGGGGACAGGCUUUCGCCAUGGGGACCGGCUGUAUUUCGAGUGCCUGCCUGCCUUUGAGCUUGUGGGGAAGAAGAACAUCACCUGUCAGAAGAACAACCAGUGGUCCGCCAAGAAACCCAGCUGCGUUUUCUCCUGUUUCUUCAAUUUCACCACCCCGUCCGGCGUACUGCUGUCGCCAAACUACCCUCAGGAGUACGGCAACAACAUGCACUGUGUCUGGCUGAUCAUCACCAACCCGGAGAGCAGAAUCAAUCUUGCCUUCAACGACCUCAGCAUGGAGAAACAAUUUGACUUUCUCUCAAUAAAAGAUGGAGGAAAGGCGGAGUCUCCUAUUCUUGGAACCUUCUCUGGAGAUGUCUUGCCCGCUCCAAUAACCACGAGUGCGCACGUGGCGCGACUGGAGUUCCUGACUGACCACACGUACACAAACCGAGGCUUCAACAUCACCUUUACAACGUUUCGCCACAACGAGUGCCCAGAUCCAGGGGUACCGGUUAAUGGAAAGCGUUUCGGUGAGAGUCUCCAACUGGGCAGCUCCAUCUCCUUCCUGUGCGAGGACGGCUUUGUCAAAACCCAUGGCUCUCAGACCAUCUCAUGCAUUCUGAAGGAUGGAAAUGUGGUGUGGGAUAAUGCUGUUCCACGCUGUGAAGCCCCAUGUGGAGGGGAUCUGAAGGCUCCCAGUGGGAUCAUCCUCUCCCCUGGCUGGCCAGAACUCUACAAGGAGGCCCUUAACUGUGAAUGGAUCAUUGAAGCACCACCCGGCUACCCCAUCAAGAUCAUCUUCGACAAGUUUCGAACUGAAGUCAACUAUGACGUCCUGGAGAUUCGUGAUGGACGUUUCCCCUCCUCGCCUCUCAUUGGAAGUUACCAAGGCACCCAGGUGCCUCAGUUCCUCAUCAGUACCUCCAACUUUCUGUACCUGCUCUUCUCCACUGACAAGAGUCACUCCGACAUCGGCUUCCGCAUACGCUAUGAAACACUGCAGUUACAGUCAGAUCACUGCGUGGAUCCGGGGAUACCUGUCAACGGACAGCGUCAUGGAAAUGACUUUUACGUGGGCGCCUUGGUGACAUUCAGCUGCGACGCUGGGUACACGCUGAGUGACACCGAACCUUUGGAAUGCGAACCAAAUUUUCAGUGGAGCCACCCCCUGCCAAGCUGCGAUGCCUUGUGUGGCGGUUACAUCCAUGGCAACACUGGCACCAUCCUGUCACCGGGCUUUCCGGACUUCUACCCCCACAACUUGAACUGCACGUGGGUAAUCGAAACAUCCCACAGCAAAGGUGUCCAAUUCACCUUCCACACAUUCCAUCUGGAAAGCCCACAUGACCAUUUGCUGGUGACGGAGAACGGCAGCUUCUCUCAGCCCCUGUGGAGACUCACCGGCUCCACGUUGCCCCCUCCUCUCAGUGCGGGCCUCUUUGGCAACUACACGGCACAAAUCCGCUUUCUCUCCGACUUCUCUGUCUCCUACGAGGGAUUCAACAUAACGUUCUCCGAGUACGACUUGGAGCCUUGUGAAGACCCUGGGAUUCCACCCUACAGUACCAGGAAGGGCCUUCAGUAUGGAGUGGGAGAUGCCCUGAUAUUUUCCUGUUUCCCUGGUUACCGACUGGAGGGUCCUGCGAGGGUGGUGUGCCUCGGGGGGAGGAGGAGAGUGUGGAGCUCCCCUCUGCCAAGGUGUGUGGCUGAAUGCGGCUCAUCUGUGACUGGAAUGCAAGGGGUGCUGCUCUCGCCGAACUACCCGGGCCACUACGGCAACAACCACGAGUGCAUCUACUCCAUCCAGACCCAGCCCGGCAAAGGAAUCCAGCUGCGAGCCCGCGACUUUAGGCUGGAGGAGGAUGACAUACUCAAAGUUUUCGACGGCAGCAGUAAUCAGGCGCGUCUGCUCGGAGUGUUUACGGGCAAUGAGCUGCUCGACACGACCCUGAACUCGACAUCAAGCUCCAUGUGGCUCGAGUUCAUCAGCAAUGCAGAUAACACCAGUAAAGGCUUUGAACUGCACUUCACCAGUUUCGAGCUCGUGAAAUGCGAGGAUCCAGGUGUUCCUAUGUUUGGCUACAAGAAGGAGGACAAAGGUCAUUUUGCAGGGAGCACUGUCUCCUACAGCUGUGACCCUGGCUAUAUGUUAAAAGGCCCUGCAGUGCUCACGUGCCUGAGGGGAGAGCGGAGGGCCUGGGACAGCCCCCUUCCACUCUGCGUUGCUGAGUGCGGCGGAGUGAUCAAAGAGGAGCGCAGCGGUCGCAUUCUGUCCCCAGGUUACCCAGCGCCAUACGAACACAAUCUGCACUGCAUUUGGACGAUUGAAGCCCCUCCUGGAAGCACUAUAAGUCUGCAUUUCCUGGUCUUCCACACCGAGGAGGUCCAUGAUGUGCUCCGUAUAUGGGAUGGUCCUCAGGAUGGAGGAGUCCUGCUCCGGGAGCUGAGCGGUUCAGUGCUGCCGCCUGACGCUCACAGCACUUUCAACACCAUCAGCCUUCAGUUCACCACCGACUUUUUCACCAGCAAGCAGGGCUUUGCUCUUCAGUUCUCUGUCUCUACUGCGACCUCGUGUAAUGACCCCGGCAUGCCCACAAACGGGACCCGCAGCGGUGACAGCCGGGAGCCAGGCGACCAUGUGAUGUUCCAGUGUGAUCCAGGUUACAUCCUGCAGGGCGCCAACAUAAUCACCUGCACAGAGAUAAAAGGCCGCUACUUCUGGCAGCCGGACCCUCCCACAUGCUCAGCUCCAUGUGGUGGGAACUUGACCGGGCCAAGUGGACUCAUCCUGUCACCAGACUAUCCAGAGCCUUACCCCCAUGGAAGGGAGUGUGACUGGCGUGUUACUGUCACACAGGACUAUGUCAUCGCUCUCAGCUUUAACCAGUUCAGUUUGGAACCCAGUUACGACUUUUUACACAUCUACGACGGACCGGACUCCCUGAGUCCGUUGUUGGGUAGUUUCUAUGGGACGGAUGUUCCAGAUCACAUCGAGAGCAGCUCCAACACUCUAUUCCUGGCUUUUCGGAGUGAUGCUUCGCUCAGCAGCAACGGCUUCGUCCUCCAAUACACAGAGAACCCCAGGGAAUCUUGCUUCGAGCCUGGUUCGGUACGCAACGGUACACGGGUGGGGACAGACCUCAAGCUGGGCUCCACUGUCACCUACCAGUGCGACAGCGGCUACACUCUGGAGGGAGACCCAACCCUCACUUGCAUCAUGGGGGGAGACGGAAAGCCGAGCUGGAACAAACCCAAACCCAUCUGCAUUGCUCCAUGUGGUGGGCAGUAUUCGGGCUUAGAGGGAGUCGUCUUGUCUCCUGGUUACCCUGGAAACUACAGUUCCACGAGAACAUGUCUCUACUCUGUGGUGGUUCCGAAGGAUUAUGUCGUCUUCAGCCAGUUUGCCUUCUUCCAGACGGCGCUGAAUGAUAUUGUGGAGAUUUAUGAUGGCGCGACACAACAUUCUCGGGUCUUAAGCUCUCUUUCCGGGGCACAUACAGGCGAGUCGUUGCCUCUUGCGACCUCCAACCAAAUUCUUAUUCGCUUCACAUCCAAAGGCAAAUCCAGCUCCAGGGGAUUCCACCUGGUCUACCAGGCUGUUCCCCAAACCAGUGCAACCCAGUGCAGCUCUGUGCCUGAGCCCCGAAAUGGCCGACGCAUGGGAAACAACUUUGCUGUCGGUGCAGUGAUACGGUUCGAGUGCAGCCCAGGAUAUGUGCUUGAGGGAUCAGCUGCAAUUGAGUGCUUGACAGUUCCCAAUGCUUUAGCACAAUGGAACAGCUCCAUCCCCAGUUGCAUUGUUCCAUGUGGUGGUAAUUUGACCCAUCGUACUGGAACCAUUUUAUCGCCUGGGUUUCCUGAGCCCUACCUGAACAGCCUAAACUGUGUCUGGAAGAUCACCGUUCCUGAGGGAUCGGGGAUUCAGAUUCAAGUCAUUAGCUUCGUCACGGAGCAAAACUGGGACUCGCUGGAGGUGUUUGAUGGUGGAGAUAACACCGACACCAUGCUGGGGAGCUUCUCUGGCACCACAGUUCCCGCUCUUCUCAACAGCACCUCCAACCAGCUCUACCUCCACUUUUUCUCAGACAUCAGCGUCUCGGCUGCCGGGUUUCGGCUGGAAUACAAAACUGUUUCUCUCACGAGCUGUCCGGAACCCAUUGUGCCUAUGAAUGGGAUCAAAGUUGGAGAUCGUCUGCAGAUGAACAAUGUAGUCUCAUUCCAGUGCGAACCUGGAUAUACUCUCCAGGGAAACUCGCAUAUCACUUGCAUGCCUGGUACUGUUCGACGAUGGAAUUACCCUCCUCCUCUUUGCAUAGCUCAAUGCGGAGGAAUCCGAGAGGAGCUCGAAGGCAUAAUACUUAGUCCUGGUUUCCCUGGCAAUUACCCCAGCAAUGGGGAUUGCACCUGGCGUAUCUACCUGCCUGUCGGCUAUGGAGCCCACAUUCAAUUUCUGAAUUUUUCAACGGAGGCCAACCACGAUUUUCUGGAAAUACGAAAUGGACCCCUGGAGACGAGCGCCAUUAUUGGCCGCUACAGCGGUCAGGACAUACCCUCCUCUCUCCUCACCACAUCACACGAGACUUCGGUUUACUUCCACAGUGACCAUUCCCAGAAUAAGCCAGGUUUCAAGUUUGAGUACCAGGCUUAUGAGCUUCAGGAAUGUCCAGAUCCGGAACCGUUCAGCUAUGGUGUGGUCGUUGGUGCUGGGUACAAUGUGGGACAGUCCAUAUCUUUUGAGUGUCUUCCCGGCUACCAACUGACCGGACAUUCCAUCCUCACAUGUGAACAUGGAACCACUCGUAACUGGGAUUACCCCAUUCCUCGCUGCGAAGUUCCCUGCGGUGGAAACAUCACAUCAGAGAAUGGAACCAUCUUCUCACCAGGCUAUCCAGAAGAGUACCCCAAUUCAGCAGACUGCUCCUGGUUGAUCACCGUGGCUCCAGGCUUUGGGAUCAAGUUGAACUUCACCUUGCUUCAGGUUCACGGACCACAUGACUUCAUUACUGUGUGGGAUGGUCCACAAGAGACUGCCAGAAAACUUGGUGUGUUUACUGAUGGCGAGCCCAACGACCCGCCAAGCAGUACUUCCAAUCAAGUGCUGAUACGUUUCCGUAGCAAUGCGGAAAAAGGCGGUUUGUUUCGCAUCAGCUAUCAAGCUUACAGGCUGCAGUUUUGUCUGCCUCCCACCAUCAUCCCGAACGCUGAGAUCCUAAUGGCGAGUAAAGAAUUUAAAAUAGGAGACAUUGUUCGUUACAGGUGUUUUCCAGGCUACCAUUUAAGUGGGAAUAGCAUUCUUACUUGCAAACUGGGAACCCACCUGGAAUUUGAGGGCCCGCCACCAUCCUGUGAUGUAACUUGUCCCAUGAAUGAGGUGCUGACAGCUUCUACUGGCGUCAUCAUGAGUCAGUCACCCGGCACGGGCUUCCCCCAUUUCGAGUCCUGUUCCUGGGUGGUGAAAGUGGAGCCCAGUUACAACAUCACCUUCACCAUUGAGCACUUCCAGACCAGCCGACAGUUUGAUGAACUUGAGAUCUUCGACGGUCCAUCAAGACAAAGUCCUCUUCUGAUCACGCUCAGUGGAAACUAUUCCAGCCCACUGAGCAUCACCAGCUCCACCAACAAAGUCUACCUGCAUUGGUCCUUUGAUCACACAACCAGCCACAAAGGGUUCCGCAUUCGCUACUCAGCGGCGUACUGCAGCCCUCCCAGCAGCCCUGUCAACGGAACCGUGCACAGCCUGACUGGCACGAAGCUGGGAAGUGCUUUGCGUUUUAACUGCGACCAAGGGUUCCGGCUUAUUGGCCAAAGCAGUGCCACAUGCACGAGGAAUGCACAGGGGAUCUACCAGUGGAAUGCCCCGGUUCCACUUUGCCAAGUGAUGUCCUGUGGGAUGCCUGUUCCUCCUGUAAAUGGCAGCAUUGUGGGCCAGGACUUUUCUCUUGGGGCCAGAGCAACUUACCAGUGCAACCCUGGGUUUCGACUCGCAGGUCCAAUCACCACGUCCGUGGUCUGUCAGGAAUCUGGUAGAUGGAGCCCAAUUGAGGCGCCACCAAGAUGUGUUCCUGUAACCUGCCCGGACAUUGGCCACUCUGCUGUGGAACAUGGGAGAUGGAGGCUAAUCUACGGCACACAAAACCAAUAUGACGGCAUUAUGAUGCUCAUAUGCGACCCUGGUUAUUACUACCGGGGCCAGCGGGUCAUUCAGUGCCAGGCUAAUGGCAGCUGGAACUAUCCAGACCCAAGGCCGGUCUGUGAGGUUAUCUCCUGUGGUGACCUUGGGACGCCGCCAAAUGGCAACAAGAUUGGGACCUUAACUGUAUACGGAGCCACUGCCAUUUUCUCCUGCAACACUGGAUACACACUGGUGGGUUCACGAGUCAGAGAGUGCAUGUCGAAUGGGCUUUGGAGCGGAACACAGGUUCAAUGUCUCGGUGGGCACUGCGGGACUCCUGAGCCCAUCGUGAAUGGACAGAUAAUAGGGGAGAACUACAACUACCGAGGUAGUGUUGUCUACCAAUGCAACCCAGGGUUUCGCCUCAUUGGGGUUUCAGUUCGAAUAUGUGAACAAGACCAUCGCUGGUCUGGCCACACCCCAGUCUGUGUCCCCAUUACAUGUGGUCACCCUGGCAACCCAAACUUUGGACUCACCCAGGGAACGCAGUUCAACCUAAAUGACGUAGUUCGCUAUGUUUGCAACACGGGGUAUGUCCUGCAUGGUGCUGUCAAAUCGACUUGCCAGCCAAACGGGCAGUGGAGCAACCAACUCCCCAGAUGUAAAAUUGUCAACUGCACGGAACCCGGCCAUGUAGAGAACAGCAUCCGGGAGAUCCUGACCAGUGGGCCACAUCGCUACAGCUACCAAACGUCGGUCACCUACAGAUGUAACCCGGGCUACUACCUGCUGGGAACAAGCUCCAUCUCUUGUCAGGGAGAUGGGACCUGGGACCGCUCCCUGCCAAAAUGCCUGUUGGUGCUGUGCGACCGCCCGAGCAUGCCUCCAUACGCCCAGAUCUCAGGAGACCGUAGGACAGUAGGAUCAGUCAUCCGCUACAGCUGCAUCAGCCAACGAAGCAUCAUUGGCAACACAACGCGCAUGUGCCAGCUGGACGGCCAGUGGAGCGGCUCACCUCCACAUUGUUCGGGAGAAUCGACCGGGCUGUGUGGUGAUCCUGGAGUGCCUGUGCAUGGCAUUCGUUUGGGGGAUGAGUUCACCGUUGGUAGUGCCGUCCGCUUCAGCUGCGAGCCAGGCUAUACACUGAAAGGCUCCCCUGAGAGAACCUGCCUGGCCAACGGGUCCUGGUUGGGUACACAGGCUGAGUGCCAUGUGGUUUCCUGUGGAAACCCCGGAACUCCAAGGAACGCCCAGAUAUUGAUCCACGAUGGCCUGACAUUCUCCAGAUCCAUAACAUAUGCGUGCCGGGAGGGAUACUACUCCACUGGUCUGCUCACCAGACACUGCACAGUGAAUGGAACUUGGACUGGCAACAUGCCCGAGUGCUCUGUCAUCAAUUGCGGCGACCCAGGAGUUCCAGCCAAUGGGGUCAGAGUGGGCAACGACUUUACCUACAAUCGCACUGUAAGCUUCCAGUGUUCUCCUGGAUACUACAUGGAUGCUGACCGGGCAUCUACGCUGAUCUGCACCAAAGACCGCACAUGGAAUGGCACUAAACCACUCUGUAAAGCGAUUGUAUGCGGCGCACCGCCCACUAUACCCAAUGGGCAAGUUGUUGGCACAGAUUUCACAUGGGGCUCCAGUAUCAGCUACGCUUGUAACCAAGGUUACCAGCUGUCCCUGCCUACUGUGCUAACAUGCCAAGGAAACGGGAAUUGGAGUGGAGAAAAGCCGCAGUGCUUCCCCGUGUUUUGUGGAGAUCCGGGGAUGCCUGCUCAAGGACGGAGAGAAGACAGAGGCUUCACUUACUUGUCCUCUGUGUCGUUUUCCUGCUAUCCACCGCUCAUACUAGUAGGCUCUGCCAGGAGGUACUGCCAGUAUGAUGGUACUUGGAGUGGCACGCAACCGUCUUGCAUAGAUCCCACUCACACAGCCUGUGGAGACCCUGGCAUCCCUCUCUUUGGGAACCAGAAUAACAGUCAAGGCUAUCAGAUCAGCAGCACAGUAUUCUUCAGCUGUAGAAAGGGCUACUUGCUGCAGGGUUCUGUUUCACGCACUUGUCUGCCAAACCUGACGUGGAGUGGCUUCCAACCUGAAUGCAUUGCACACCACUGCAGCCAACCUGAGCUGCCAGCACAGUCUGAUGUGAGAGCCAUUGAACUUCCAUCCCUUGGCUACACACUGAUCUAUACGUGUCAGCCUGGCUUCUACUUGGCCGGGGGAUCAGAGCACAGGACGUGCAGGUCUGACGGGAGCUGGACUGGGAAACCACCUGUCUGUGCAGCUGAUAACCGUCCAAUUGGUGGGAGCCCGGUUGGGACAGUACAGGAGCCUCCAUCCAAAUUACCUGUCCCUGGCGGUGUCUUUGCCAAGAACUCUCUCUGGAGAGGGUCCUAUGAGUAUUUAGGAAAGAAGCAGCCUGCUAUGCUGAGCAUCACAGCCUUCGAACCCUUUAGCAACAGGGUGAAUGGGACCCUCAUCGACCACAGCGGAGUGGAAGUCAAACUCGCAGGCACUUAUAAAAGAGAGGAGGCUCAGCUUUUGCUGCAGGUCCACCAGAUCAGAGGGCCCGUGGAGAUCUUUGUCAACAAGUUCAAGAUCGACAACUGGGCUCUGGACGGACAUGUGUCCUUCAUAUCUUCAUCCAACUCCUUUGUGUACCAAGGAUUUGUCAGAGGGAAAGGCUUCGGACAAUUUGGUCUUCAGAGACUCGAGAGUUUAGAUCCCAGCAGAGACAACCCCGGCUACAACUUUGCCUCCAACAGCAGUUCAGUUGCCGCAGCCAUUCUUGUGCCUUUUAUAGCCAUGAUCAUCGCAGGCUUCGCUUUGUACCUCUAUAAACAUAGAAGAAGACCCAAAGUUCCCUUCAAUGGCUACGUUGGCCAUGAGAACACGAAUGGACGGGCCACUUUUGAAAACCCGAUGUACGACCGCAACAUACAACCCACUGACAUCCUGGCCAAUGAGACGGAGUUCACAGUCAGCACAGUGUGUACUGCUGUAUAGCGACCACUUCCGCUGCAGUUACAGGAAGAGAUGUACCCAGCGUUCUCACCUGCCUGCCAACAGAGGACAACCAUAGUUCCACGAGCUGAGGGUAGAAAAAAAUGUAUUAUCUUUGCUGAAACUCAUCGAGGAGACCCCUUCAUUGGGAACAGCUGUACCUGCAAGAGUCCAGAAAAACCAUGUGAAGAUGUCAACUGUAACAAACCCGAAAUGCUUUCUCUCCUGUAACUUUACAUGGUUUCCCAAGCAUUUCUUCCUCUGCAUUACAAGGGGAAAGCUUCCACCGUGACACUGCAGACAAUAGAACUACAGCUGACUUUUCUCACUGCUCCCUAGUGAAACCCAAAUGGAAUAUACUGGUCAUGUCACGGUGUUGACCCGUAGCUAAAAAGUGAUCACUGGAGUUGACAACACCGAGGCGAUCUGUGUGAGACAGAUGGAUGCAGGCUGGUCUCUUCAUUUUCAUUCCUGUGUUUUUUUUGGGGGACGCCAUUUGCUCUCUGUGAGGAGUCACUGGGAAUACUGUCCCUCUCUACCCUUGCUCCCAUGGCUGUGUUGGGAUCCUACAUAUCUAGAGCAGAGAUUUGAUGAAAGAUGUGAAGGCCGAGUUGAAGACACAUCCCGUCGCUGCUGUUUCUGUUCAUCUAUGCUCUUUUAUUUGGACUAAAUCUGCUUUUUGAGGCAGCUGUGUCCAAAGCUUGGGUUGGAAAAUCCAGCAUUGGCCGUUGAAAAAGCACUUAAUGAGGUCAGAGAGUGGUGGGUUUGUGUGCGUGUGUGUGUGAGAGAGAGAGCGAGAGAGAGCGAGAGAUCAAGUGUGAGCAAAUUCAUUUGUAAAUGCAGAGAAAUAUGUCACAUGUUGGGCCCCAAAGAUUCAUCUCGAGCCAAUGGACUUGCAUGUCUGAUCUUAUUUCGUGAUGAGCAUCACUUUUGGACCCUUUUUUUCCAAGAGGUCAUUUUGCCAUCUAUUCUUUAAGGCUCCAUUUAUCAAGGACACGCUGAGGCUAAACAGAGGAAACACAUUUAGGCGUCUGAUAAGUUUCCAGUAGCACACUAUUUUGUAUAUACUUUGAUUUUCAUAAACAUUAUAAUGCAGUAUUCACUUAAUUUAAUAUGAACAAAACAUAUCCUGGCCCUGAAUAAGAAAUCAUCUCAACCCACUAGCUACCAUGCUAACUUUGGCUCACGUAUGUUAGUACACGCAAACAUCUCGUAUGUGUCUGUGCAAACUGUGUACUGUAAAUGGAACACACAACAUUUCAGCACCUCAUGGAUGGUCAUCAAUAUGUGAGAGUUGAGGGAAGCGAAGAAAGAAAGAGUUGCUCUCACUUCUGAUACGACAACAGUCAAGGAACAUUUCAUACACAAGUGUAAUAAACACGAUCUUUACUAGAGUCCGAUCUUGCAAAAUCCAGGUCGGAUUAUUCAUCACACAAAAGACAUGAUUGUUGACUUCAUCAAGGGCUCAUUUUUGCAGAAUUCCAUCAUGGUUUCAACCCUCCAUGUUUGUUUUUUUUCUUUUUUCUUUUGUAUUUUUUUCAUCCAUGGCCCUCAGCCACUUGACAUGUAUAACAAGUGCCUUGGUUAUGACUGCUUGAAAUCGAAACAAUGAAAGCAACAUCACUAGAUGCGGAUGAAAUUACUACACAAUUCAUUUUUUUGUCAUGUUUAAUUCGGCUGUCACUGAAAAAUCACCACAGAUGAAAAUGCAUGUGGUUAGCUGUGUAAUAUGAACAAAAAUCUGCCCACUCUCUGAUGUCAUUCAAUUUAAAUACCCAAAGUCAGUUCAAUAUUUCACUCGACUCACUCAAUUUAUAUCUUAUUUUGCUUUAUGUUUUACCAAGUCGCGGUAAACAAUCGAAGCCCACAUUAUGUUCUGCUGUUGGUGAUGGUUUUAUAGUUCUACUUCAACUAAAUCAAUAACUUCUGUUCGGCAUCUGUUCUUGAAACUGUGUGAAACGAAAUAUUGAUGUUAUUAACAGCAACAUAAAUGUGAUUCACCUUGGUUUCAACAAAUAUGGGAGUAAAUUAGACCAAGUCUCAACCAAAAGUGAUGGUGGGACGAAGCUUCAUGAAGCACUGCCCUUAUAACCACACUGCAUCGGAUGGAACAUCUGUCCAAUCCAGUAAUAUCACCAAAGUCAGAUAUUAUAGAGAGGUUUCAGGACCCACCUUUGAAGGGUUGGUAAUGUUUCAUGAAACAGUGUCCUGAUUUUCAGUGGCCACCAGAUGGCACUGUCUGCUGUAUAAUGUACUUCAACGACGAAUUCAACAAUUUGUUUUCUAAACCAAGAACCAAGGCAACUAGUGGCAAGGAUUUAUUUUGUUGCUAACAGGGGAUGAUGUGAAAGUCUCCACUGUCAGGUGACAUCAUUACUUUAAAAAAGAAGACUAAUCUAAUCCAGUGAUAUUGUGUUGCAUUUUCAAGGUUAAAACUGUCAGACCGCAAGUGAAAAUUGCUUUUGAUUCAACUUUUUAUUGAUCUGUUUGCCUUUUCACUCCAUUAAAUAUCUUUAUUUUAUACUGUUAAAGCAACCUUUUAUGUGCUGAAUAGAGAAUUUCGGACCCUAAAUGAAUCUCAAGUGUUUUGCAUUUGCUUGAGGGGAGAAAUUAAUAAACAAGUCAAUAAACAAGAGACCUCCACCAAGCAGCUUCAGUCCAGUCAAAUAUCAAAUGCCGAAAAUGGUCCUCUCUCUACCAAUGUUGAAAAAAUCCAGGAUCCAGACGGUAUUCCGGAUCACUCUCAAAUUUGAAUCAUUUGUUCCUUUUCUCACUUGGCAUUUCAUGUUUUUAUUUUUUUAUUUUAUUUUAUUUUAUUUACUUUGCUUGUACUUGAGGUUGUUUAUUUGAAAUAAUUGAGUAAUUAUUUUUUUCUUUAUUUGAUAAUUCUUUAUUCAGAAGGGAACCAUUUGUAGUAAAUCUAUGAUAUAGUCAAUUUGUUGUUUAUUCCUUGUUCGUAACACCGCGAAUAAUACUUCUAUGCUUUGAUGUAGGUAUUUAAAAGUUGGGCCGGAGUGAUGAUUUUCCUUCCUCCACUCAUUUGGUGAGCCCAGUAAGUUAUUAAAAAGUCCAGCAUGCUCAUUAGAAAAUGAAGAUCAGCGUGUCCUGGAAAGAGUCGCUCUGGAUGAGUAAUACUCUGUGAUAGCGUGCGGCCUCUUCCUGGUUCUCUCCCCAUAUUUUAAGACUGCACUGGAUUUCACUCUGAGCGUUUCUGUUAUCAGGCAGCGCCAGCGCCAAGUUCUCUCCUGCUCACCAUCUCUUUAUAAUGAACCGACCCACAUCACAUUUCUUUGACUUCCGACCGAGUCAACGGACUUUACUCACAGUCAGGAAUAAGACCAGUGUCUCCAUGCUUUUUUUUUUUUUUUUUUGGGGCAGCGAACAUUGAAUGUCUGCUGAGAAAUUAUGUUUUUUUUUGUGGUAUUUUAUGCAUCAGAUACAGCACUGUGGUUUUCAAACCCCACUCAUUGAUUAUUCCUUUUCACUGAAUUGCCGUGUUUCCCACCGAUUUGUGGGGUUGAGGAGAAAACAGACGAUAAUGAGCGAUAAUGAAGGGAAAUUCAGAGGCAGAAGAGACAUGUGACAUUUACUUGACUCAUUUUUGCAUCACUGGAGCUGAAAAAUAACUGAAUGUAUUUUCUUUCACUACAUUUUCUGCAAUCCCACAAUUUCUUUCUGGGUUUGGGUAUGUUGCUAGUUUCUCUGGAGAAUGUCCAGUUCAUUAGGAAAAUAACAGAAAAAAAAGAAAAAAAAAAAAAAAAAACAGAUUGCUGCCUUUAACUUCCAGAGACUUCACAUUCCGGUAUCCAUUAGUGUGUUUUUUUUUCUUCUUUUUAAUUGUAUCUACAUCCAGACGAUGUCACAUUACAUUCAUUGGGACGCAGGUCAGACGGCUGGAAGAGAGCCUCAGUCUAACAGUUAAGGUAAAGCAUUCACUCCUCAUAUCUUGUAAAACACCAAAAAAAAAAAAAAAAAGGUUCAUUGAAAGAAAGAAAUGAGGGGUAAAUGUGAACGUAGAGCUGACUGUGUAACUGCAGGGAGCUAACUGAGGACGGUCUCUGCGAAAAAGAGAUCUUGCUCACAAAUAAUAAUUAAAAAAACAUUUUGUACAGAGAUAUAUUUUUAUUAAAAUACAUUUGUAAUAUAAAAAAGUGACAUGGGUUGACCUAUAUGUACAUUUUUUAUUAUUAUUAUCAUUAUUAUUAUUGUAGUACAAAUGCUAGUGGGGCGUAUAUGAAAAAUCUAUACAUAUAUAAAUACACAUAUAUAAAUAAAUACAAAAGAUACUAGAAACAAAGCUUUUUUGUAUGUGUAAAAAAGAUUGUAUAUAAAAGUUUACAUUACUGUACAUAUGUAAGACCCAUCAUUGGCUUGUCUGCGAUAUAUAAAAUGUAUUUUAUCCGUCUGUAUAUGAUGCUUUGCAUUGUGUCUAAGCUUAAUCUACUUUCUUCAACUUGAAACUUAUUUUGAACAUUUUGAAAUAAAAUAUAAAAUCUGCUUUCCAUCCGUGUUUGUUUAUUUAUUGAGUCAAAGUCCGAUGAAGCUUUUAUUGUACAAUUAGACCAUUAAAAUUCUUCUGAACUGCACCAGAGGAAUCUGCAGAGGUGUU